CAGUCACGUGAUGUAAACCAAGAUGGCGGCGCCCACGGCCAAAACGUGAAGCUACUUCGAGAUUCGGCUACCACCUGAUAUUUAAUAUAUCAAGCAAGAUGUCGCGAUUGAUCGUCAAGAAUCUCCCUAAUGGGAUGAAGGAAGAUAGAUUCCGAGAACUUUUUGCUGCAUUUGGGAAUUUAACCGAUUGCACCCUGAAAUAUACGAACGAUGGCAAGUUCCGAAAAUUUGGCUUCAUUGGUUUUAGCUCAGAAGACGAUGCCAAAGCAGCACUGAGCCACUUCAACAAGAGCUUCAUUGACACAUCCCGUAUUUCUGUGGAACUAUGUAAAGCAUUUGGUGAUCCUACUAAGGGAAAGGCAUGGAGCAAGUACUCUCAGAGUAAAAGCAAGGAUGUGACAAAGAAUGAGCGUGUAGCAAAGACAGCAGAAGACAGUAAGACGGCAACAACAAAGAAGAGCUCCGUUUUGGAGGAUCUGGAAAAAGACAGCGGCUUCAAAGAAUUUCUCAGUGUGCACCAAAACAGGAGCAAGGUAGCUACAUGGGCUAAUGACACACUGGCUGAGCCUAUGGAAAAGGGGAAGAGCCGUUCCCAGGAUGAUUACCUCAACUUUGAUUCCGAUUCUGAGCAAGAAUCUGCUGAUGAGAGUGAGGAUGGAAAAAAAAAUGCAGAUGAGAAGCUUGCCUUACAAUCCGAGAUUUCAGAUAUGGACUACCUAAAAUCCAAGGUAGUGAGAGAGCCCUCAACUGCCAUUUCUGAAGAUGAAGAGGAAAAAGAGGCAGACCAAGAGACAAUCGCUACCAAGAGUAAGGUAGCUGGGUCUGCUGAGAAGAGUAGACCAGGAAAGAAAGAGAAACCACCUGUUCAGAAUGAGCCUACAACACCAUAUACUGUCAAACUGAGAGGAGCACCAUUCAAUGUAACAGAACAAAACGUUCGGGAGUUUCUUCUACCACUAAAACCGGCAGCUUUUCGAAUAGUGCGGAAUACUUAUGGAAACAAGACUGGUUAUAUUUUUGUGGACCUGAACAGUGAAGAUGAUUUACGUAAAGCUCUCAAGAAGAAUAAAGAUUAUAUGGGUGGAAGAUACAUUGAGGUGUUCCAGGUUGAGCAAGCAAAAGAACCACGUCCCUCAGGAAAAUCACAAAACAGACCAUGGGAACAGCGUCAAAAGGAUUCUGAGCUGCAGGAAGAUUUGUCCGACUCCGGAAGACUUUUUGUUAGAAAUCUUCCUUAUACCUGUACGGAGGCAGACUUGGAGGCUUUAUUCUCCAAAUACGGUCCUCUCUCUGAAAUCCAUUUUCCAAUUGACAAGCUAACAAAAAAGCCUAAGGGUUUUGCCUUUGUUACAUUCCUCAUUACGGAACAUGCCGUUAAAGCUUAUACAGAGGUUGAUGGACACAUUUUUCAGGGCCGAAUGCUUCAUGUUCUUCCCUCCAAUGUGAAAAAGGAAGAUGAGGGUGAGGUGGGAGCAGAUUCUGGUUAUAAGAAACAAAAAGCUAUGAAGGACAAAGCCAACAGUUCCAGUUCUCACAACUGGAAUACACUGUUCAUGGGGACCAGCUCAGUGGCUGAGGUCAUUGCUCAAAAGUACAACACUAGCAAAAGCCAAGUACUGGAUCAUGAAGGAAAAGGCAGCGUUGCUGUCAGAGUUGCAUUGGGAGAAACCCAGAUUGUUCAAGACGUGCGUCAGUUCCUUCUAGAUAACGGAGUUUCUCUGGAUUCUUUCAGUCAGGCUGCUUCACCACGUAGUAAGACAGUGAUUCUUGUUAAGAACCUCCCGGCUGGUACUCAGGUGGCAGAACUUCAGGAGGUGUUUGGACGCUUUGGAGAUCUGGGAAGAGUUUUGCUGCCAGAAGGUGGAAUAACGGCCAUUGUGGAAUUUCUUGAACCAACUGAAGCUAAGCAAGCUUUCCGGAAAUUAGCGUAUACAAAAUUUCAGCAUGUCCCCCUUUACUUAGAGUGGGCACCUAUGAAUGUUUUUAGUAGCCCACCUGCUGAGAAGACAACGGAGCCAGUGCAGGUUGGCAAGUUAGAUGAGCAAAGCAAAGAGAGUGUUGAAGAGAAACCAGGAGACAAAAAUGUGUCGGAGGAGUCUGAAGAAGAUGAAGAAACACUUCCAGGCUGCACAUUGUUCAUUAAGAACCUGAACUUUAGUACCAGUGAGGAAACUCUUAAAGAGGUCUUUUCAAAAGUUGGUGCUGUGAAAACCUGUAGCAUUUCUAAGAAAAAAGAUAAGCAAGGUGACCUUCUGUCUAUGGGCUUUGGAUUUGUAGCGUAUCAGAAGCCAGAACAUGCACAAAAAGCUCUACGACAGCUGCAGCACUGUACAGUUGACGAUCACCAGCUAGAAGUUAAACUAUCAGAACGGGCAAUCAGACCAGCAGUAUCCACCAAUCAUAAGAAGCAGGUGAACAAAAAGCAGAAGAGCUCAAAGAUUCUUGUUCGAAAUGUUCCCUUCCAGGCCACGGUUAAGGAAGUCCAGGAGCUGUUCAGCACCUUUGGUGAACUGAAGACCGUUCGUCUGCCUAGGAAGAUGGCUGGCAGCGGCUCUCACCGGGGUUUCGGCUUUGUGGACUUUGUAACCAAAAAAGAUGCCAAGAGAGCAUUCGAUGCUCUUUGUCACAGUACCCAUCUGUACGGGCGUAGGCUAGUCCUGGAGUGGGCAGACACAGAGGAGAGUGUGGAAUCUCUCAGGAGAAAAACAGCUGAGCAGUAUCAUGGUCUGCCGAAAAAGAAGAAAUCCUCUGCCCUGAUGGAGGAUUUUAUGGGGAGCUUAGAGCCGGAUGAUGCGGAUGAGUAAGAUGUUUCCAUGGCUUUGAAGCCAUUUUCAUCCUUUAUAACAUCUGUGGACGACUGAGUCCCUAUUUCAAGGCCUUCAUUGGACACUGAUGGAAUUGCGUGACUUCUGGCCCACUGUGACUUUUAAUACAAGAGAGCAUUUUAUACCAGAACCGGCGUUACCUGCAGCUUGCCGUCAAUGGACUUUUUUUUUUUUAAAGAUGUGUUUUAAAGAUAAAAUGUAAAAGCACAAUCGUGAGAGCCAUCAUUGGCUUCUGUCAACAUGUAAUCUGUUUAGGGCAUAUAUUAGGUUCCAAGAUGGUUAACAGGGUGAGCCAUUACCCUCUCAGUGCAUUAUGGGACUUGACGGUUAUGACAUGUCCUGUUAAUCAUAGGCCCGGGGGGGCAGUUAGAAGGCCUGCUUGGUUAAUUAAAAUAUGCUUUUUCCAUAUUUAUGGUCCUUGAUUCCUUUAAAUAUUGAGAAAAAAAAGCAAAAAACACCCAGUCUAUAGAAAUAUCAUACCGGAGAAAGAGAGAGGCUUAUUCAGAUUUUAGGAUCCGCAUAAUCUUUGUAAAUAUGGGCACAAUGUUCUUUUUUUUAUGAGUGUUAAUAUAUUUUUAAUGCCAUUUUAUUACUAAUAAAAAUCAGCAAAGUAGAAGUGGGUACUAGUAUUGGAGCUAUAACCUUUUACAGACUGUCUAGGGUUAAUCCCUGGGUUGUGGGGCAGUGUGAAGAUGUUAACGCAAUGUGACAUUUGUGAAAUUGAGCCUCAGCGUUGCCACGGUGACAGCCGGACCGCCAUGCUGCCUGAUGAGAUGUUAAAUGGUUUUGGCCUCCUGUCAGUGCGAAGCCCUUCCCCAGGGUGGGGGCGGCUGCUCAAGGGACCCUUCGCUUCAUCCCUGCUCAUCCAAAACCAGGCAGAGGUGAUGUCCAGCCAUGGGACAGAGUACUAUUUAUUUCUAAGCUACCGGUUUUACUGUCAUUUUAUACUGGCCCAAUGAGCGGAUUCCAUUGUCGUUCUGUUCUUUCUACACCGACACACAGAUAUACAUAGAUGUCCUUUCACAUAUACAGCAUGACUUCUGCAGCCUCAUACUAUACUGUGUCUGUACAUUACACCAUGUUGGGGUAUCCAUGCAGUAGCCUAAACGCUAGGAGGCACCAAGACUGUACCUAUAACCGCUGCCGGGUAAUUCAAAAAUGUCAAGAAUUUUAUAGCAGAAAGAAAACCUAGAAAGUUACUUAAAUGUAGUACAAUUAACUUUAAGUUACUCACAACUGUAUUCAUUAUAUGGUGCGACAGGUUUUAAUUGUAGGAUUUUUCUCAAUCCUUGGUUCCUAUCGAAUCCUGUAUCGUGUAUGUAGUCGUAGUUUGCAUUUUCUUCAAGCACGACCCCGAAUAUCCCACAUCUUGUCAAACAAAAUGGAGAAGCAGCCUGAGAAGUUUGUGAUGUACAUUCAUACAACAGUGCAAAAAAAAAGGUCCAUUAAAAACGUCCGUCUUGAAUUGUAUAGGGGCUGUCGGUCCGUGAAAACGGAUAUUUAAGGCCAGUUAAAAAAACGGCUUUUUGAAUAGACCAACAGACUUCAAUGGAUCGGAAAUGGUUUCUUUGUCAUGUGAAAGUAUCCUAAGACCGCUUUAACAGUGUUCGGUCAGUGAUUUUGAGCCAAAACCAGGUGCUGCUCUUAACAUAGAACAGGUGUAGAUCUUUCCCUUAUACUUUAUCUCUGUGUAGACUCUGCUCCUGGUUAAGGGUCCAUUCACACGUCCGCAAAUGGGUCCGCAUCCGUUCCGCAAUAUCGGGAACGGGUGCAGACCCAUUCAUUCUCAAUGAGGCAG